AUGAGUGAGAUGGGGAAAGAGAUUAUUGAGUCAGGCAAGCUUCUGGGUCUAGAGGGGAAUGAUCUCCGUGAGUAUGUUGAGAAGAAAGAAAGAGAAAAUGCCCACACCCCCCUACCCCACAUUCCACACUCUAUGCCUUACCCAACCCCACACAUUGCACAACACCCUAACCCCCACACCACACCCAAACCCCACCUCACACCCCACCCCACACUUCCCACCAUAACCCCUCCCCACCCCACCCGACCCCACACUCCCACACCCUCACACCCCACUGCCCAAUCCACCGCACACACCAAACACCCAACCCACAUCCCAUCCCACGACCAACGCGCCUUCGAACCCCACACUCCCUCACCCCGCCCAUACAUCAUCCCCAUCCCACAUCCCUCCACACCCACCUCCAACCCUAACCCAUAG